AUGAAGGAAGGGGGCAAAGGAGAUAGCCUUCGCCAUAGGAAAGGGCUCCACCAGAUUCAUGCGCCGAGUCUCCGGGACCUGGAGUUCCGGGCUGGGUGUAUUUUGCUGGAGAAUAUUGAAACCAAAAACCCCGCCAUACGCGACAUCCUAUUGAGAAUGUCUCAGCUGAAAGUCUUGGGGGACGACCGUCGAGUUCUGGAACCGGUGGCGGGGUGUAUUGCAACAAUGAAAGUUGAGGGUGGGAGAUCUUCUUGUCUUUUGCCAUGCUCGAAUACCAUCUUGAUUGGAUAUUCAUCACGAUGGAAAGUCUCAGUCGAGAGAGUAAGCGUUCAACUAUACGUCUGCGGUCUGCUCGGCGUGGCAUGA